AUGGGUUUCCUUUUUUCUAAAAUUGUUAAAAAGUUAUUUGGAAUUAAAAAUCAAUUUAAUAUCCACAUAGUAGGUCUUUAAAAUGCUGGAAAAACCACAAUUUUAUAUAGAUACAAUUUAGGUAAAGUUAUUGAAACGACUCCUACAUUAGGAAGUAAUAUGGAAGAAGUUACGCAUAAUAAUGUCCAUUUAAAAGUAUGGGAUUUAGGAGGUUAAAAAUCUAUAAGAUAAGUAUGGGACGAGUAUUUUAAUUAAAGUGAUGCUAUUAUUUAUGUAAUAGAUUCAAAAGAUACUAGCUUGUAGAAUGAAAGUAAUGAAGAAUUUUAAAAAUUAUUAAAAAAUGAAUUAUUAAAAAACUCUGUAAUUUUAAUUUUUGCAAAUAAAUAAGAUUUAGAAAAUGCUAUGAGUACGGAUUAAAUUGUAGAAAAAUAUAAACUUUCUGAUAUAAAAUCUCAUUGUUGGCAUAUUUAAGCAUGUAGUGCUAUUAAUAAUUAAGGCUUAGAAGAAGGUUUAGAUUGGAUAGUCGAAAAACUGUUAGAAAAAAAUAAAUGA